AUGUCUAAUUCACAAGGAAAAGUGGGAGAAGAAAAUCAAAAUAAUCCAAUGAUGCAGCGAAUCUCACUUGAAAUUCGGGGACGAGAUCCGUCGGAAAUCAAAGAACUCGUUCUGGAUAAUUGUGGUCGAAGUACAACAUUACAAGGUUUAACAGAUGAGUUUUCAAAUUUGAAAGUUUUGAGUGUAAUUAAUGUUGGUUUGACAUCGUUGAAAAAUUUUCCAAAAUUGCCAAAAUUAAAAAAACUCUAUUUGAGCGAUAAUCGCUUGACAAAUGGUUUAGAGAAUUUAGAAAGUUGUUCAAAUUUGUCAUUGUUAGUUUUGGCUGGAAAUAAAUUUAAAUCAGUUGACGAUUUAAAGCCACUGACGAAAUUGCCAAAGCUGUUAAUAGUUGAUCUUAUGAAUUGUGAAGUAACUCAAUCGGAUGGUUAUCCAGAUAAAAUUUUUGAACUAUUACCACAAUUAAAAUAUUUGGAUAAUGUGGACAAAAAUGGCAUUGAGGCUGAAGAUGAUGAAGAGUUGCUCGAGGAUGAAGAUGAAGGGAAUGAAGAGGGUACUCAUGAAGAAGGAGACGACGAAGACGACGAGAAAACUGGUUUGAAAGCAUUGUAUGAUCAAACAUUUGAAGACGAUGACGAAGAAGAGAGUGAUUUUAAUGAAGAUCAAGUUGACUCAGAUGAUGAAGACGAUGAUGAUGACUUGGACGAUGAUCUAGAUGAAUCGGCUAACUCUGAUCUGCCGCAUUCAGCUAAUCCGAUUGAAGAAAGCUUUUCAACUACUACAACGACUGCAACAAUAACUGAAACAUCGCCAGUGAAAGGAGAAAAACGGAAAAGGUCAUCAGCUAAUGAUGAAACUAAUACAGAAGAUGAAACAAUUGAAUGUAAACGGUUUCUUGACAAUAAUAUUCUUAUUUUCAAUCCAAUGACUGACGUUACAAAACUAUUUCGUACAUUAAUUAAAGCAAAACGUGCAACAGCCGAUAUUCCAACGGAUCAAUCAUCUACAACAAAUUCUCUUCAAGAUGAACUUGGCUUAAAGCGUCGACAUCUUCCUCCUCGAUCUGUUCAUGACAAUAACAAUAGUAAUAAUAAUGAUGAUAAUAGUGAUAAAACGAGUUUUACAAAUCGCGCUAAAAUCAUCUUGAAUUCGAUAGUUACCUUGAAACAAUUUUUAAUUGAUAAUCGAAGUAUGUACUUAUGUCCAAAAUAUUUGCGUACCAUAACGUCAAAAACAUCUGCAUCUAUUACCGAUCAUUUACGAUUUGAACAAACAUCAGAAAAACAAAUAAAACAGUAUCGAUUAUCUAUAGACCAAUUAAAAGUUUUUAUCGGUCAUAUAUGUUAUUCUGGUCAACGUCGACUUCAUUAUGAAUCAAUUUGUUCCUAUUUGGCUAAUGAAUUAAUCGAAUGUACAAAAAUUUAUACGGAAGAAAAAUCUCUAAGAUAUAAACGAGAAUUAGAACGAAAAAGAAUUGCAAGGUUAGAUUAUGUCGAUAAAGACAAAUAUGGUUUAAGACAAAAUAUAGAACCAUCGCAAAAAAACGACACAUUACCAACAAGUCUUCAAAAAAACACAGCUACUGCAAAAAAUACCCCAUCCGAAUCUGCGACAAAACUUGAUAAUAAAUCUCCUAGUUAUAUCCAUGUUACAAGAAAUUUUGAUAACGAUAGUGAUAAUGCGAAUACUAGUAAGAACACCGAAGAAGAAAACGAUCGUUUUCUGUCUAAAAUCGAUCGUGAAGAACAGAAACAGUUACAGGUAGAAAAUGAACGUUUGUAUCGUGAUGUUGCUCAACGAAGUGAAGAAAUUCAACAAAUUGCCGAGCAAGCUUGCGAUAUAGCUGAUAUGCAAAAGAGACUAUUCGAUAAUAUUUUAGCACAAUCCGAUUUAAUUGAUCAAGUCGAUACAACAGCAAUUCAGACAAAUGAUGAUAUGGCAGCGGCUAUUAAACAUAUUCGAGAUGCCGUGAAGAAUUCGGCACAAAUGAGACGAUGGAUUAUUUUCUUUCUAUUAGUUAUGAUAUUUUCACUUUUAUUUCUUGAUUGGUAUAACGAAUAA